AUGAAGACAUCUUGGAGCUUUAAUUGUGGAGUUUUGCUCCUCUGCUCGGUUCUCUGCUCUGGCCAAAAUGCCACCAAAUCCGACGACAGCCAAAUAGGCAUCAAAGUGAAGAUCCUGAUGCAAUCCUCCUCACCAGAUUCCACUACGAGUUCCCCAAGUAUCACCACCACAACUUCCAAGCCAAAAGGCGAACCUACAGCGAAAUCUUCAUCACAGGCACAUGAAAUCGAGGAGGAGGACGACAACUUCCACAACGAUCGUCUUCCCGCUUUGUCGGAGGAUGAGUACAACAACCUCGGUGAGGAUGCCAAUCCACUGCACUUCCUCAAGCAGCAGCCACUAGAUCUCAAAAAAGAAGAGGUACUACCAGCGACAGAAAAAAUCGAACAACUGCAGACACAAAUUGAAACCAAACCGCAGCCGCAUUCCCCAAUGGUCACUCCGCAAGUAAACGGCUCACCGAUUUACAUCACCAUUCCCAUUUAUAUCAGUACGGGUGGCAAGUUGCCCCUCACCGUGACCAUCGGAGACCAGGAGGUGUCCUUGAGAAAGGCAAAUAAUUCACAGUCUGCCAGAAGGAAACCCUCCACCAAGGCACCCAAUUCGUUCUUCAAUCGCCUGCUUGAGCAGAUUGAACCGCCAAAAAGACGAACCACCAAUCGUCAUCGCAGCCAGUUGAAGAGUCACAUUCAUGCGAUGAAGGAGAGAAAGGUUCACAGGGAUUAUCCCUACCAACAAAUGCAAUAGAUAGUUUUGUUUUCAGUACAUUAGUCAAUGUUUAUAGCUAACAAUAAAUAAAUGACAAUAA